UGCCUUUUAAAGCGCGAGACGGCAAGAGCGCUGUCACUUUGACACUGAACGAGGCAGGUUCACCAGCUUCGGUCGUCUCGUUCAUUUACCCCCAUUUUCGUUUCCCCUUUUCACAUCGUCGAUAGCCCAUCGUCUUUUAUUUUCAUCUUUUCCAUCGUGCCGCAACUUUUAUAGACCCAAAUCGACAUGUACCGGUAUUUCGGGGAGCUGCUGACGCGCGGCGCGGGUAACGCUCUGGCCUCGGGAUGCGUCGAGUCUGUUCUGCCGGCUUCCUCAUCUUUACUGAGGGUGCGCCAUUACAGCGAUGCCGCUGACAAAGAAGACGAUCCCAACUUCUUUAGGAUGGUGGAGGGCUUCUUUGACCGAGGCGCUGCUAUUGUCGAAAACAAGCUGGUAGAGGACCUGAAGACCCGGGAGACACCGGAGCAGAAGAGGCACCGUGUGCGUGGGAUCUUGAGGAUCAUCAAACCCUGCAACCACGUCCUGAGUGUGUCAUUUCCCAUCAAGAGAGACAACGGUGAAUGGGAGGUGAUCGAGGGCUAUCGGGCACAACACAGCCAGCACAGAACGCCCUGCAAAGGGGGUAUCCGAUACAGCAUGGAUGUGACUGUGGAUGAGGUUAAAGCUUUGGCCUCUUUGAUGACGUACAAGUGUGCCGUUGUGGAUGUUCCAUUUGGUGGAGCUAAAGGUGCAGUGAAAAUCAACACAAAAAAUUACUCUGACAAUGAGUUGGAAAAAAUCACAAGAAGAUUCACAAUUGAGCUGGCCAAAAAAGGAUUCAUUGGACCAGGCAUUGAUGUCCCUGCCCCUGACAUGAGCACCGGUGAGAGAGAGAUGUCCUGGAUUGCCGACACCUAUGCUAACACUAUUGCCCACACUGAUAUCAAUGCCCAUGCCUGUGUGACUGGUAAGCCCAUUAGCCAGGGUGGGAUCCAUGGCAGAAUCUCGGCCACUGGUCGUGGAGUCUUCCAUGGCAUUGAGAACUUCAUCAAUGAAGCCUCCUACAUGAGCAAAGUGGGCCUGACCCCUGGAUUUGCUGACAAAACCUUUAUUAUUCAGGGUUUCGGUAAUGUGGGUCUGCAUUCCAUGCGGUAUCUUCACCGUUAUGGUGCCAAGUGUGUUGGAAUCGCUGAGAUCGACGGCAGCAUUUGGAACCCCAAUGGCAUAGACCCAAAAGAGCUGGAGGACUAUAAACUGCAACAUGGCUCUAUUGUGGGCUUCCCGAACGCUCAGCCCUAUGAGGGAAGCAUUCUGGAAGCCGAGUGUGAUAUCCUCAUCCCUGCUGCUGGAGAGAAACAGCUGACCAGGACGAACGCUCACAAUAUCAAAGCUAAGAUUAUUGCUGAAGGUGCUAAUGGUCCAACAACACCAGAUGCUGAUAAGAUCUUCGUAGAGAGGAACAUCAUGGUCAUUCCGGACAUGUACCUGAACGCUGGAGGUGUUACGGUUUCAUACUUUGAGUGGCUGAAGAACUUGAACCACGUCAGCUAUGGUCGCCUGACCUUCAAGUAUGAGAGGGACUCCAACUACCACCUGCUCAUGUCUGUACAAGAGAGUCUUGAAAGGAAGUUUGGCAAGCAGGGCGGUCCCAUUCCCAUCGUCCCCACUGCUGAUUUCCAGGCUCGGGUGGCUGGAGCCUCAGAGAAGGACAUUGUGCACUCUGGUCUCGCCUACACCAUGGAGAGGUCGGCCAGGCAAAUCAUGCGCACAGCAAACAAGUACAACCUGGGCUUGGAUCUGAGGACGGCAGCUUACGUCAAUGCCAUAGAGAAGGUCUUCAAGGUGUACAAUGAGGCCGGCCUGACCUUUACAUAAAUUACCCACAAUUCUCUCUGCCAAAAAAUGGAAAACGUCCACUCUUUUUAUCAACCUCUUGAUUCUCCCACAAGCUAUUUAACAUAUCAGAGUUUACAUUAGGCUAACCCUCUAUUAUAAAACUAUCCCACUGUCAUGUACCAUAAAUUCCAGUUUCAAAAAGCUGGUCUGACCACUUUGCUGUAUAUUUAUGUAGCCUAAAGUCUCAAAACAAAAAAGCGCCAUUUGUUCAGGUUUUUCAAGUUUGUUCCAUGAUUUCUGUAUUGAUGUGGUCUUACUCACACAGUUUUAAAUGUCGAUUUGUUGUGUUGGACCCUGCUUCCCCCUCACCUCAGAAUAUCAGGUGGUCCGUUUUUGUUAUGCCAUAGAAGGUUUUAUUUACUUGUUCUUUGUUGCAAACCGUAUAAAUGGUUAUUGCUACAGUAUAAUGAAAGUUGCCUUAUACCCGUGAGCGGGAGUUAUGUACUUGGAGGAAUUAGCACUGUAGUUCAUGCCGUACAUCACAAAGGGAACCCCAACCUUUUUUGUCUCAUAUCAGUGUUUCGCCCUAGAUAUAGAAUAAAGUUCAGAUCUGUUGCAUUUAGUUGUUAACAUGCGGCGAACAGCUUUAAGCAUGCUUGGUAAUAUGCUUAAAAGGACGGUCACCAAGCUUAUCUGCACCCAUAUCUGGAACUCUGUCUUGGAAAUUUAUAUUGCCUUUUUUGUUGAGAAUAAAAGAAUUUAUCAUUA